AUGGAUCAAAUAGCGCAAAUUCAAGGGAGAGAAAUAAAUGACGUUUUCUUGCCCACGGGAAACAUACUUGUUCCUAUUCUCGAGACUAAGCGAGCGGAUAUCGAGAAAACCAAGAAGGAAACUCACCAGUACGGACCAACAGAGAGGCACAUGCUCGAUGUAUAUUAUCCCCCCACAAAUCCAACAUCAGGACAUCCGCCCAUCCUCUUCUUCUCCUACGGCGGCGGCUUCUACAUGGGUGCGCGCAACCUCCCCGCGCGCGCCGACAUCAUCUACAGUAACCUCGGUGCCUUCUUCUCCAAACGCGGUUUAAUCACCGUCAUCCCCGACUACCGUCUUGUGGACUCGGGAAUGCGUUUCCCAGAUGCAGCCCUGGAUGUCCGUGACGCGAUGCAAUGGGUCGUCGACAUUCUCCAGUUCAAAUCCGACAUCUAUGUCCUUGGCCAUUCCGCCGGGGCGAUGAACAGCGCGAUCCUCUUAGCUGGACCGUAUACCUUUGAAGAUAUGCCGGCGGAUAUGAAGGACGCAGUAAGGCUGUAUUAUAGUGGAGAUGCUGAAGCCAAGGGAACCUUUCCCUUGGAGUUACUGAAUUUAGCGAAAGACGAAGCUGUUCUGACACGAAGGUGGUUGCUAGGUAUCGCGGAGAGGGAUUUCCCUUGCUUGACGCCUGCUUUGGAGAAGUUCAAGGAAGCGUUGACGAAGAAAGGGAUAUCGUAUGACGAAUUCAUCGCAAAAGGGCAUAACCAUGUCAGUCCAGUUCUUGCACUUGAAACUGGACAAGGAGAGCAAUGGGCAGAGGGUGUGGUUAAUUGGAUUCAUGCUACGCCUGCUUAGACGGAAGGCUCGAGUAUUUCCACUCCCACUCGCGUUUAAAGUGAACCCCAUUGUAUUGUUUAACCACAAGUCGAUCGGAUACAGGCAUAUAAAUGGAAUUUCAUAACAGACGGAAAUCAAAAAGUCUUUGUUGCUAAGG